CCAGCCAUGGAGAAGACUUGAUCGUUACUCCUUUCGCCCAAAUUUUGGCAAGUCUACGCAGCGUGAGGAAUAAUUUCCUCUCACUCACAAAUGUACCAACAAACAAGUCGAGGAGAUCCUCCGGCUCAGCAGGGAGCACAACUCCCCAACCAAGAAUACUCACUCCAGGAGAUGAAGCCUACAUGAAGCUCUCCUUGGAGACUAUCGAAGAGCUCGACUGGUGCCUGGACCAGCUCGAGACAAUCCAGACCCACAGGAGUGUCUCCGACAUGGCAUCGCUCAAGGGUCUCUUCGAACGAGUUAUUCUCGAAUGGCAAGUGGAAAUGCUCAAGCAGUUAUUCCUUCAAUUAGGAUCGAUCCCCUUCGAAUGUGCUGAACUCUCUAACAACUUUGCCGCUCUCGAGCACCCUCCCUUCCGUCCUUAA